UGAGCGAUGCCACAACCAAGUUACUGCAGCUAGGAGACUUUCAGUGGACUAUAAGCUCUCUCAAAGCGCGCAUAUAUCACUUUUUUUUUAGUGCGCUUUUUUUGCUUUUACGCACUCCAAAAAAAACAACAACCCUUCUUUUCCUCUGGAGGUGCUGCUUCCACGAUGAGCGCCGGACAGACGUAUGAAAAGAAGAUUGCGAGUAUUUUGACCGACCUGCCAGGAUCUAUGAGUUGCCACCCGAGCUCCAAGGAUUCCCCAACCCUCCCGGAGUCCUCUGUGACGGACAUGGGCUACUACAGCGGACAGACUGGACCCAGCCAUCACGAGUAUUACCACCAGAGUCAAGCAGCGUACGGACAGCAAAUGAACUCUUACCACCACCACCAGUUUAAUCUGAACGGAAUGGGAGCAGCUGGAGCGUACGCGACCAAAUCUGAAUACCCCUACACUAACAGCUACAAACAGUUCGGACAUUACAACAGAGAUCACCUGCAGGCAUCGCCUCCCCUCUCAGUGAAAGAAGAGCCAGAGCCCGAGGUCCGCAUGGUGAAUGGGAAACCGAAAAAGAUCCGCAAGCCAAGGACGAUCUACUCCAGCUACCAGCUCGCUGCUCUGCAGAGGCGCUUCCAGAAGGCUCAGUACCUCGCGCUGCCGGAGAGAGCGGAGCUCGCGGCGCAGCUCGGACUCACUCAGACACAGGUCAAGAUCUGGUUCCAGAACCGGAGGUCCAAGUUCAAGAAGCUGUACAAGAAUGGCGAGGUUCCUCUGGAUCACAGUCCCAACGCCAGCGACUCCAUGGCAUGCAACUCCCCACCCUCCCCCGCAGUGUGGGACAACAGCACCCCGCAGAGCACCCCGAUCAGCAGACCUCAGGUCCCUCAGCCGACGCACAGCUCGUCGCCGCCCUACAUGGAGGAUUAUAACAACCACUGGUACCAGCAGGGAUCACACCUACAGCACCCGGGCACCGUGCACCACCCAGUCCCGCAGCAAAGCGUGGGAGCUGUUUAUUAACAAUGACUCAAUGGUCUCUCUCUCCCACAAUGACUCUGCAGAGCAACCGGACCGGGAGAUAAAUAAGUGAAACUUUUUGGUUUCUUUUUGGAUGAUCAAGAACUUGUUUCAGAAACUGGGGGUUUCCAUUCACAAUCAAGCACAUAAGGGAUUUCUGAUCACUUGUGGCAGCAUAUUUAACGGACAUCAUGGCGUGGUUGUUUAAAUUAUUUAUCGCUUCUGUUGUAUUUUUCUCACUCACUUUUGUAAAUGAAUAUGCAAAAAUUGUUUUGUUUUUUUACCCUAUAACCACAGACAGAAUAUUGACAUUUAAGCAUUCAAAUCACAAGCGCGUCCAAAAAAGAGAACUCAGGUCAUAUUUAUAUGGAUUUGUAUAAAACGUCGAAGGCUGUAAAUAUGUGUUUAUAUAUGCAGAACCACUAAGAUGCUAUUUGUUUUGAAACGGCACUGUGGUGCUUCCAAAAAAAAACUUUGUCAUAUUCAUGUAAUUAGUCCACUUGUUGCCUUCUUGUCAAUUGAAUAAAGGUGUUAAUUAAG